UGUCAACUUCGUCAGGUUUUUGUCAACACUGUCAGUAUUUGUCAACUCCAUCAGGUUUUUGUCAACACUGUCAGUUUUUGUCAACUCCGUCAGUAUUUGUCAACUCCGUCAGUAUUUGUCAACUCCAUCAGUUUUUGUCAACACUGUCAGUAUUUGUCAACACCGUCACUUUUUUCAACUCCGUCAGUUUUUGACAACACCGUCAGUAUUUGUUAAUAUUAAAACAUUAACUGAACUACAUGAUAUCAUGCCUGAUUUACCUAAGAACAUUGGUUAUAUAUGUUUAAUAUUAAAAAGGAGGGUAGCCCAAGAAAAAAAAAAAAAAAUUCCCAGAGUUUUUUUUCACUUAGCUCCUUUACUGAACACCAUUAUUACAUAAUUGAAAACUUUACACUGUUGUUGGAUGGAUCAAAUUAAAAUGUCAUGCUUUUUAAUGCGUGUGACGGAGUUGAUGCAAAUUCAGUUCUGAAGUGAAUAAAUGUACAUUUUUAGGAAAAAAAAAAAAAAAAAAAUUCAGAAAAACCUGUUCCCUUACAUGAUUCAUUAGCUGAAACCUUUAUCUACAAAUAUAUCAGUUUAAAAAUAAUGUAUUAUUAAAUAACAAAAGCUAACUUCAAAAACAUGUUUUGUCCCCUAUCUCAAGAAUUAGUUAUUCACAUUUAACGUUAUAUGAAUGUUAAAAUGUCCAGUACAAAUUAAGGGAAUAUUCCAUUGUAGGUCUAUCAUUCUUCAAACAUUAUGGGAAUGUUACUUUUGAAUGUUCUCUGAACGUUCUGAAACAAGUAGAAACCUUUAAAAAAUGUCCAACAGAAACAUUAAAGAAAAUAACGCUCCAUGAAGGAUGUAUAAAUAAUGUUUUGUGCUAACGCUUUGAGAACAUUAUUAAAGACCAGAUGAACGUUCUAUUAAUGUUACUGAAAUAAUGUGUGUUCAUAACUUUGUCAGAACGUUUCUGUUAUCUGGGCAGAAGCUCAAAAAGACGAGGAAGAUGAACAAGCAGAAAGAGGUCAUUGGCUUCAGACCCUCUCCUCAAAUCGCAAAUCGCUUUAUUUAAUCAUCCCCUCAUGAUAUUCCCUGCAAAUCGUGACUGAUGAGUAGUUAUUCCUUCCGUUGCACUGGAGUAAUGUAAAACGGAGCACGUUCGGGACGUUUUGAUGACGUAUAACGUACGUUGUCCGCGGUAAAAUCGCUUUUUCUCCCAGUCACAACCGGCGAGCAGUCGGGAAAAAGUCUGAAGUAAGUGAAGUUCCAGCCCUGAGGAGGAUCUGACUGACAGCUGCAGGUUCACGCGCAUCACUGCGCCUCUUCCACGCGCGAUGGUUUCCGCUGUUUUUACUCCCAAAUAGAGUCUCUGGAGGUUUCGGCGCGUGUUUCUUUAUAGAUCCACUCCAUGACGAGGAUCUGCCGCGGAAUAAAGCAACAGAUUUCACCGGAGCUCGUGAUGUUUGCCGCUCUGUGCGCGCUCUUGGUUCUGCGCGUGCCGGUCGCAGCGGAUCUGAACGCGCUGAACUGCAGUCAGGUGAAAGACGCGUUCACUGCUCUGGGAUACAGUCCUGACAGUGUUCCCACCGAGGAAACAUCAGGAGUGAAUCUGCGUGUUUGCGCUCCUCAGAGAUCCUGCUGUAACACAGAGAUGGAGGAGAUCUUCAGCCGCAGGAGCUCUCGUGACUUUGAGAAGCUGAUGGACGACACCAGCGAGGAGCUGAGGAACGUGUUUGUGAGCGGACAUAAAAGGUUUGAUGACUUCUUCCUGGAGUUGCUGGAGAACACGGAGCGCUCUCUGAACGAGAUGUUCUUACGCACUUAUGGAAAGCCCUACCUGCAGAACGCCGAGGUCUUCCAGGGCCUUUUCUCCGAGCUGAAGCGAUAUUACACCGGCGGCAACGUCAAUCUGGAGGAGAUGCUGAACGACUUCUGGACGCGUCUCCUGGAGCGCAUGUUCCAGCUGCUGAACUCCCAGUAUCUCAUCACUGAAGACUAUCUGGAAUGCAUCAGCAAGUACAUGGAGCAGCUUAAGCCCUUCGGAGACGUUCCCAAGAAGCUGAAGUCUCAGGUUACACGAGCGUUCAUCGCAGCGCGCACGUUUGUCCAGGGCCUCGCGGUCGGACGGGACGUGGCCAACAGGGUGUCCGAGGUCAGCAUGAGCCCGGCGUGUGUCGGCAGCUUCACAAGGAUGCUGUACUGCUCUCAGUGUCGAGGUCUGUCCACGCUGAAGCCCUGCAGCGGAUACUGUCUGGACGUGAUGAAGGGCUGUGUGGCUGACCAGGCCGAUCUGGACCCGGAGUGGAGCAGGUACAUCGAUGCCAUGUUGCUGGUGAUGGAGCGACUAGAGGGACCGUUCAACAUCGAGUCUGUCAUGGAGCCCAUCGAUGUGAAGAUAUCCGAAGCCAUCAUGAACAUGCAGGAGAACAGCAUGCAGCUCUCCUAUCAGGUUUUCCAAGGUUGUGGCCAGCCGAAGCCUUCAGGAAUGAGCCGAUCCGCCCGCGGCGUCCCUGACACAUUCAGCGGCCGCUUCAGCCCCUACAGCCCUGAGGAGCUUCCCACCGCCUCGGCCGGCACUCGACUGGACCGCCUGAGGAUUGUGUGGAGAGUCAUGCAACACAGUGUGACGGACAUGAAGGAGAAGCUGAAGCAGUUCAGGAAGUUCUGGUCGUCACUUCCUGUGUCCGUGUGUCAGGGGGAGGAUGUGGCGUCGACAGGCGGAGCGGAGGAUGAGCGAUGCUGGAACGGACGAGAGCAGGGCCGAUUCGUCCCCGAGGUCCAGACAGACGGACGGACCGUGAAUGACCCGGAUGUUUCCAGACCGGACGCUGUGGUCCGACAGCAGAUCAUGGCUCUCCGUGUGAUGAGGAACAAGCUGAAGAACGCGUACGACGGCAAUGACAUCUACUUCCAGGACUCCAAUGAGGAGAGCAGCGGCUCCGGCUCCGGCAGCGGCGUCACAGACUCAGACUCAGACUCCUUCGUGACCGACGCUCCGGUUCAGGAGCCGGAGAACAGGGAGGAAGAGUCUUCUGCGUCGUCCAGCGUCCGGCCGGACGUCCUGCUGCUGCUGUCCUUCAGCGCUCUGGCCGUGAGUGACCGCUGGAGAUAGUGUCGGCUCACACGCCGGUUCUGACCGGACUGAUACAGCCGUAUGAUCCAAAGAUCUUCAGAAGGUCGGAAGCAUCACACAUCUGAUAUAUGAACAGGACAGCAGAUUAAAGGGUUAAUUCACCCAAAAUUACAAUUCUGUCAUCAUUUCCUCACCUUCAUGCAAACCUUGACCAUCAGAUUCUCCAGAGGACAUGAUGACAGAGCUGUUCCUUCAACUGAAACACGUUCUUCUGUUAUAUUGUGCCGAUUAUUAAGAUCUUAAACAUUAAUCGGAGCUCUUCUGCACUCGUUUCAGAGACUCUGACGUGUUUCAGCGUGUUUUGAAUAAAUUGCUCAAUAUUUCAGUUUGUUCAGUUGUAGGUUUAGUUGUAAUGUCAGCUGUUACUGAGGGAAUCACAUUCAGAAACAGUCAUAUGAUUCAUCCUCUGUGAUCUGGUGAACAUCAGACAUCUUGUUCUGAUCAUCUUUCAUCAUUAUAUUGCCAGAAAUGUCAGAAAUAUCUAGUAGAAAUAUCCAACAUCCGGAAUACAUAAAUAAAUAAAUGUAAAUGUAAAUGAAAUAUACUUUAUUUUCUGCUGCCAGAGUGAAGAAUAUCUUGAUGAUGUGAUUUCAGAUGUUUUAUUUUUACACAUUUAUGAAUUCUAGGUUUGUAAAUUCAUUAUGUUUUGUUCUUCAUUGGCUUCAGUUCAGGGCAGAUGUUUGUGUAUAUGAUUGUGAACAAUAAUGCCGUUCCAUGGAAAGAAAUAUAGAUUAGUGGGACUGUAAGUGUAUGUUUUUAAUAAUGUUUUCUACCUAAAUGACCUGGAUGGUAAAACUUAAUCAGUGUUUUAGGAAACCAGACAUUGUCGGUGAUAAAUCCCUCAUAAAUCAGCUUUAUGAACGUCCAUAUUGACACAUCAGUGUGAAUCAGGUUAUUAUUAUAAAUGGUGUUAUUUUUGUAAUGUUACUUCAGUUUUUUGCUUUUCUUGCUCUUAUCUUUCAGUAUUAUUCUUAUUAAUAUGUACACUUGUGCUGCAAAGCUCAUUUUCUUAAUCAGAUUUCUUUCCAUCUCUAUAUAUAUAUAUAUAUAUAUAUAUCCUUUAAUGGAGAAUAGUUUUAUUAAGAAGCAGGAUUGUUUGAGAUUAAGUUCAGUUUGUGGUUUUUACAUCAUUUGACAAAUAGUUUCUUUUUUAAAAGCUAAAUUUAGUUUUUAUUCUUUUAAAAGACGUCAACAGUUUGUUGAAGAGGAAAAAUAAAUUUAUUUCAUGAUUUAUUUUUUGAACACAAGUUUUACCAAUCGACUCAUUUUUAAAAUCAAUCUUGUUUUGAUAUUUUCCUGAAAAAAUACAAAAAUACUGAUUAAGAAAGUGAUUUUUUUUAGCAGUUAAUUACAUUUUACAGUGAUUAAUCUGGGAUAAUUUACCGCUUUUUGCUCAGAUUUUUAAGAAUGUAAUGUGAGCACUUUGAUAUUAAGAUGUGCAAUGCUCUUUGUUUUUAUUAUAUAUAUAUAUAUAUAUAUAUAUAUAUAAUACAAGGAAAAUACAGGGAAACAAGGUUAUUAUUAACUAAAAACCAUUAAGAUAUUUCAAACAAAUCAGGACACACUUAAAACAAACAAACAAAAAACUGUUAAAAUAAUCAUAAAAGAUGAAAGCCGUAUAAGAACUGUAGCUUUAUAGUCAUACUGGAAUGACUAUUUAUAAUUUUCAAAAAAUAUCUCAUAAGGUUUCAGAACAGGUUAUGAAUGAUGUCCGUGAUUAGAAAUGUACUGAUUCAUCUGAAUGUCUUUUAUAUCAACAUCAGAUUGAUGGUAAAACAGGCAGAUAUCUCUGUGUUUUUUUACAUUUUGAUUAAAUUUCGUUCACAGGUUUUGGUGUGUAAACAUGAAUUCAUCAACUUUGUGCAGCAAAAGGAGUUUUUAAAUAAUAUUCCCUGUUGCUGUUUGUAAAGAUUUGUUACCAGAAGCAAAACUAAAGUAUUUUUGAAACAUUGA